CCGCAAACGCUGUAGCCCAAUGCUAUAGCCAUACCAUAUCCCUCCAUGCCACGCCCCUUAAGAUAGCGUCCAAUAAAUGUAAUGAUGCCUUUGCGGACCCGGAAAUAAUCGUGGGCGCAGAAACUAUCCAGAAUGCACGGCAUUGGGUCCUCUUAUCGCUUUACCAUCACAUCGAACAUCGUUAGCGUCAAAUGAAUGUCUCACCAUGAAAUAGUGCCGCGGUAUCAUCCUAUCUAAGGGUACUCUGCUUGUAUCGUUGGUAUGGAUAAUAGCGAGCAGGCGAAACUUCAAACUUUUUCUCUCGUUCUUGGAACCUCUCAAAUAGUCGUUCCAAGAGAUCAAAUCAAGGCUAUCCGACAUUCAGCCAUACAAUCCCACCGUAUCGUUGUUUUUGUCUAACAGCGCCUUUGACCCUGGAUAACACUCCUUUCUGUGGACAACCUGUUUCGCUCUGGCUUAACUAUCAAACCUUCUCAGAUCACCGAUCGACUCUGAUGAGUUUUUGCAACCGUUACCUUUCGUGCGAUUUUGUUAUUCGUAGAGCACACUGGUUUUGUCGUUCAACCUGUUUGCCAAUCACACCGCUCUGGACCACAAGUUUUGGUAACCUUAACAUCAAGCAACUCUGCGCAUAUAAGAAUACAUGAUCAGCAGCAGUAGCCUCAUUGUCGCUUUGACCCCCACAGAAGCACCCAUUUAUUAGUGUCCCUUCAAACUAGCAAUGCCGAGCUAUAAUUCUGUCCUCCGUAUAAACUUGGUCUGUGCAUGGUUCGGGGCUAUGCUUUACGGUGUUAAUGCCGUUCUGUUCGGUCGUUGUGUCUAUAUUCUCUCGAAAAAACAUCGAUCCACUAACAGGAUAUUACUGUACUCUUCCAGCCUUUCGUUUGCCUUCGCCACUUCGCAGGCGAUUGUAACGCUCGUGGAACUCGCCAAAGGUAUUGAGGCUGUCGUACAUAGCGAAGCCCAGUCGGAGUACGAUCUGGGAAUGCUGGGCGGGAAUAAACUCAACACAGUUGGCAUCACCAUGUAUUGUCUUGAUGUUUUUGUUCAAGAUCUAUUAUUGAUAUGGAGGCUCUUUAUCGUGUGGAAUUACAGCAAGAAGAUCUGUGUUUUCCCUGCCCUCUUAUUUUUCGGAGAAUUGGUCUCUGCCAUGAUCGCUAUAGCCCACUUCAGUCAACCGAUGAUAGACCUUAAAUCUCACAAUGUAGAACUUUAUGCGAUAGCUGCCUGGGCCGUUAAUACAGCAUAUCAUGUUUGUAUUACUGCUGGAAUCUCUUAUCGCCUGUGGCUAAGUGGCCAACGGUUAAAGGUGAUAGGAGGACGACAGGUCAGCUCAUACAGGAGCACUGUUGCCAUGAUGGUGGAAUCAGGAUGUUUAUCUGUACUCUGUGGAAUUAGUCUGCUUGUCUGUUUUGCAGUGGGUGAUAUUACAGGGUUGGCUGGUGUGGACAUAGCCGGGCAAUUAGCUACGACGGUUCCGUUGUUAAUUAUUGUCCGUGUUGGAUUUGGAAACGACAACGGCACCCUAGGAGAUUCCAAUCCGAGUACUGGCAUUCGGAGUAGUGGUCAUACUUCGCGUCUUUCGACACUCCCAUGGGCCCUAACGCAGAUCGGAAGAGCGAAUGUACAAGGAGUUGCGAAAGAACCAUCUAGUCCGGAUAUCUCUAAGAUCGAGCUAGGCUUAGCUUAGAUUUAUAGUCAGACUAGGUAACCUUCUGUAGCGUGAGAGACGUUAUAUUAGCUGGAGCUGCCGAAGUGUGGUAUAGUGAUCAAUAAAGCAAGCACAGGGGUAUUCCCGU